ACAAUUUGUGGAUAGUUGUCCGCCUCAGUUGAUAAGUACUAACUUGUCGAAAUACACCAUGUUGAAGCCAACCGAUUUAGGCCUAUCUCGUGAGGAUGUGGAACUGAUUGUGACCCGAUACCUUGCUAGUGAGAAAGUUCAGCCAAUCAUCCGAAAUACUUGGAUUGAAAGUUUCGGAGGCAAUCCGGAUGGCUUUCUGGCCGAUCAUUUCGACCUGAAGAUUCAGAUCAACCUCAGCGGCCGCAGAACUGAAGAGCUGUCAUUCUUCCUGAAGGUCGUCCCCGCCGGAAAACCCAUUCUUGCACAGUAUCUGAUCGACAUCGAUACCUUCAAGAAGGAAGUCAGGAUCUGUGAAAAUGUUCUUCCAAAAAUUCAAGAGCAAAUUGCUGACAAACAAAUUGUUCCGAGAUAUCUACUCACCAAAGAGGACAGGAUGAUUGUCAUGGAAAAUGUCAAGCUAAAAGGUUUCGAUAUUCUGAAGGAUAAUAAAGGAAUGAUGAACGCUGAACAGCUGGAGAAGGCACUGGAAGCAUUAGCAUACUUGCAUGCCGGAUCCGUUGUGCUGGAAGAAAGGGAAGGUAGACGGCUAACGGAAAUGUUUCCUGGUGCGUUGAAGGAAAAUGCCUGGACCGGAAUAAAAGGUAGUAUCAGAACCAGAGAUGUUGAGAACGUUGUCGUUUUGUGGUGUGAAUUCAUGCGAAUCGUUGAGAGAGAUUCGGCAAAGUUGGAAAAGAUUUUAGCGGAGCUGCCUGGAACUAUCAGAAGUAUCUAUGAUUACGUUAAGCCAUCCAAGACUUGGAGAAACGUGUUCGGACACGGAGAUCUUUGGAGCAAUAAUGUAAUGUUUCGAAAUAGUUCGGAUGGAGUGCCGUUGGAAUGCAUUUUGGUAGAUUUUCAAUUGUCUCGAUACACUCCACCUGGUUACGAUAUUAGUUUGCUAUUAUCGCUAACCACUUCGGGAAAAUUUCGAUCUGAACGGAUGAGUUCUUUGUUAGAUAGUUACUACCGAACCUUCGAACAGAUUAUGGAGCAAAGUAAAAUAGAUCCAACCAGCAUCUAUACGAAAGAAUCGUUCCUCGAUAGUUGCAAAUAUUAUCGCUUGGCGGGUCAAAUCCAUGGCUGCAUCAUCGGUCCAGAAGUCCUUCUGCCAGAGAGUUAUCUUGAUGAGGUGUUCGUGUGUUCCGAAGAACAUGCCGGCUUUAUGCCUCAACCGAAGAUCAACAUCUGUUUGCAGGCAUUCAGAUCGGAUGUCGAGUUUCGCGAACGGAUGUUGGACAUUGUGCAGGAGCUACUGCCUGGGUACGCUGGGCCAAUUUGAGUGUGGAUUUCCUAAUAAUCUCAACUUUUCUGUAAUUGAAAAUAAAAUACA